AUGGCUGGCAGUAAUGAAGUAAACUCCAGUGAAUCCAAGAGGGUGGUUCCACUUAAUACGUGGAUCCUCAUCUCCAAUUUCAAGCUUUCAUACAACAUGCUACGACGUCCUGAUGGUACCUUUAACCGUGAUUUGGCGGAGUUCCUUGAACGAAAAGUCCCCCCGAAUGUGAAUCCGGUGGACAAGGUUUACUCUUUUGAUGUUGUGGAUCGUUCAACGAAACUUCUUAACCGGGUUUAUUUAGCUUCCCCUGAAAAUGAGGCUCCAUUGGGAAUCGUAGAACUAGAAAAGCCCUUGAGUAGUACUGAGGUUGUUCCCGUAAUCAUAUACUUCCAUGGGGGAAGCUUCACUCAUUCCUCAUCCAACAGUGCUAUCUAUGAUAUGUUUUGUCGCCGCCUUGUUAACAUUUGCAAUGCUGCUGUGGUAUCAGUGAAUUAUCGUCGCUCACCAGAACAUAGGUAUCCGUGUGCGUAUGAUGAUGGAUGGGCAGCUCUGAAGUGGGUUAACUCGCAAUCAUGGCUAAGGAGUGGGCCGGAUUUGAAGGUUCAUGUAUACUUGGUGGGGGAUAGCUCUGGGGGAAAUAUUGCACACCAUGUAGCGGUGCGGGCUGCAGACGAGGGAGUCGAGGUAUUGGGUAACAUUCUUCUUCAUCCGAUGUUUGGUGGCGAAGAGAGGAAGGAUUCGGAGAAAAGAUUGGAUGGGAAAUACUUUGUCACGGUUCAAGAUAGGGAUUGGUACUGGAGAGCAUAUUUACCUGAAGGAGAAGAUAGGGACCAUCCAGCGUGUAAUAUUUUCGGCCCCCGGAGUAGAAGCCUUAAGGCUCUCGACUUCCCGAAAAGCCUCGUUGUGGUGGCCGGUUUGGAUCUUGUGCAGGAUUGGCAGUUAGCUUAUGUUGAAGGGCUUAAAAAAUCGGGGCAUGAAGUGAAACUCCUUUAUCUCGAAAAAGCAACAAUCGGUUUCUACUUCUUGCCAAACAACGAACAUUUCCAUUGCCUCAUGGACGAGAUAAAAAACUUCAUCCAUUCUAACAGUCAAGGAAGUUAA